AUGGCACGCACCGACAAGCCUUCUCUCAUCCAGAGACAAUCUUCGACACUCCAUUAUCAGACUUUCCCCACUCCACCGCCCACAUCGCGUGGAAAGCCUCCAACCUCGCCCAAUCCCUCGUCGUCCAACAUCCACGCCGAUGCCCAGUCCGGACCGCAAGACGACACGCACAAUGAGACGCCGCUCCCAAAGGCCCAAUUGGCCAUCCUUGCCGUCAUAGCCCUCGCCGAGCAGACUGCCCUGAACUCCAUCUCGCCCUAUCUGCCUGCCAUGGCGUCUACCUUUCCCGAGGUCAAAGAUGGCCAAGUCGGCUUGUACGUCGGUCUGAUAGCUUCGAGCUUUGCUCUGGCACAAUUCGCUACCAAUUUCUUCUGGGGCUGGCUUAGCGACAGGAUUGGCAGGAAGCCCGUCGUACUCAUGGGCACCAUCUUGACCGCCUGCUGCUUUGUCAUCUUUGGCUUCAGCCGGACCCUGUGGCAGGCUAUUUUCGCUCAGACUCUCAUGGGCUUGGUCAACGGAAACCAAGGUGUUAUCAGCACUUGCCUGGGCGAGAUUACCGACCGAAGCAAUCAGAGUAGAGCCUUCACCUACCUUCCCGUUGUUUACGGCAUCGGCGGCAUCACUGGUCCUCUUGUUGGUGGACUGCUUGUAUUCGAGACAAUCCCCUGGAACGGCAAGCCCAACCCAUACCCUUAUCUCGCCCCAAACGUGCUCAGCGCUGGUGUUCUGCUUGUAGAUUUCGUCCUGACCAUAAUUUUCCUCGAAGAGUCUCUGGAAGAAGCCAAGGACCUACCGCCUCUCAACAAACGAGUCUCCAAUCUCUUUGCGUGGCUUUGGCAAUUCACCGGUAAUGCUAGAAAACCUUCGUAUGUCAGGCGCCACGAGCAACACGCCCAUUCAGCCGCCAGCGCCCGUAACGAUGGUACUGAAGAAGACACGACUGACGACGAGAGCGAUGCUGAAUCCACCCACCUGCUGGGUACCGGAAAUCACGAAACGCUUAGCAGUUCUGCUGUUUUCAACCGUGACACCAUCCUCCUACUUAUCACGUUCCUUAUUUUCCAGCUGUCCAACAUUUCGUACAAUUCGCUGUACCCUAUCUUUGCACAAGCAGUACCUCCUACAGGCCGUGGGUUGUCGCCUGAAGAGAUCGGUCUCUCAUUGGGCUUUGCUGGACUUGUCACUAUUGUCUUCCAAGUCGGUCUCUUUGGCAAGCUGCGCGAAAAGGUGGGAAACAAGACGACCUAUCGCGUUGGCUUGUUCGGUUUCGUGGUUGCGUUCCUACUCAUGCCCUGGGUCGGAUACAAGGAUGGGAAGGAUGGAUCUGGACACAACACAACAGCAGGCAAAGUCUGGCUGUGGGUUGAGCUCGGUGCGGUGCUCGUCGUCAAGACUGUAGCAGCCGUCGGCGGCCUCACCAGUGCAUUGCUUCUGGUAAGACCAAAUGCUUCCUCGGUGUGGUAUCAAAUGCUAAUUAUGGAGACANNGAUCACCAACUCGGCACCAAAUCACUCAGUUUUGGGUACGCUGAACGGGCUUGCACAAACACUUUCAGCUGCGGGACGCGCUGCCGGACCUUUUGUCUCUGGAUCAUUAUUCACUGCAGCAACCCACGUACGGCCCAAGGGCGAAGCUCUCGCCUUCGGCAUUUUCGGUGGUAUCAGUCUUUUAGGAUUCGCCUUGAGCUUCGGAAUCCGAUCAUCGAGCCUCGAAGCCGAGGGCUGGGACGAGAGCGAUGACGAUGAUGAGGCUUCGUCUGACGAGGAGGAAGUAUAG